UGAUUUCAGGUUUGCAAUUCAAGUCUCUUCUCUUAGUUUGGUAGAUUUGGCAACAAUUUUGUGCUGAUAUGAUGACUUACACAAAGGCUUGUUUGAUGUGAAAUGGUUGGUUUAUUUAGUGGAUGGUUUGUGCUGCGUUUACUAAAUUGUUUCAAGUUCAUGGUGGCUUUUAAUUUGAUACACAAUAUCUAGAAUCUAUUUGAUGUAGCUUUCCCUUUUUGCUCAAGAUCAUGCUGUUAUUAUCUGCUUUGUUAAUCUUUUGACUUAUGCAUACCAAGUGCUUGACAGAAUGCCACAAUCAGUUUCUCAUGUGUUUCUAAGUUCGGGUUAGCUCUAUGCUAUCAAUGGGGAUGUACUUCAAGUGAGUUCAGAUAUGGAGUGCGUAACGGGUAUUACUGAGUGUCUUACUACAGUUGUGGCAGCAAGGGUGGAGGUAGACAGCCCAAUCUGAACCCCAACUCCUCCAUGAAGACACUUUAUUGGAAUUGUCAGGGACUCGGGACGACCUUGACAAGAAAACACCUUAAAUGGUUGGUUAAGUCCCAAACUCCAGAUGUCUUAUGCUUGGCAGAAACAAAGAAUCAGAGUUCAUCAAUUUUACAGUUUGUGGCUCAAUUGGGAUAUGAUAAUCUUUUUGUAAUUGAACCUAUCGGCACUUCUGGAGGUUUUUUGCUAUUCUGGACAUCUAAUGUACAGUUACAUAUCCAGUCUUAUAGUAGUUAUAUGAUAGUUUGUACAGUAAAUCAACUACAUAGUGCUCAGUUUGAUGUUGUGUUUUGUCAUUUGCAUAGCUCUCCUGGAUUGCUGUCACAACAAUUAGAUGUUAUAUUAGGGUUCCAGCACCAUAUGUUACCUUCUUCUGUACUCUUGGGAGAUUUUAAUGCAAUUCUUCACCCGUCUGAAAAGGAGGGUGGAACUCCUUAUUUGUCUCCUUCAUAUACUUUAUUUUCAAAUUUUGUGGUGCGGAUGUCGUUAAAGGAUAUGGGUUAUAUUGGCUUUCCAUUCACUUGGAGCAACAAGCGUAAUUUCCCUUAUUUAAUAAGAGAAAGAUUGGACAGGGCACUUGUUUAUUCUACUUGGUUUGAUAGCUACUCUACGGCUUCAUUACAACAUCUUACACCAGUAGGGUCUGAUCAUGCUCCUAUUAUCCUUAAUACUCAUUCCUUUACACCUUGUACAUAUCGGCAUUUUCAUUUUGACCAACGUUGGGGUUCAGUUGAGGAAGUUAGUGAUAUUAUUCGUUCAUCUUGGAAAUUGAAUAUAACUGGUACAUUAAUGUUUCAGGUAUUUGAGAAGCUCAAGGUGGUUCGUAGAUGUUUAAACGAUUGGAGACUGACUUCCAAUACAAAUUCACAGAGAAAGAUCAUAUCCCUUCGACAUGAAUCGCAGCUCGCCAAUUCACAGGUUCAGACAAAUAUUCAAUGGCCUUAUAUUAAGAGUUUGGAAGCACAACUUGUUCAGGCUCAGGUACAGGAAGAGGCUUAUUGGGCUCAAAAAUCACGAAUCUCUUGGCUUACUUGGGGCGAUAAGAACUCAAGCUUUUUCCACAGCAAAACCAAGCAACAUCGUUGUCGAAAUAUGAUUUAUGCGUUACAAGAUUCGGCGGGACAGUGGCAUACAAAGGAUUCAGAGUUGGUAUCUCUUAUUACAAAGUACUUUGAGGAGUUAUAUCAAACAUCAUAUCCAGCCAACAUUGAUCAGAGCUUCUCUAAUUUAUGCUAAGAACAUACAACAGCUUCUUCAGACCUAUGCGGCUGCGAGUGGACAAAUGAUUAAUUGUGACAAGUCUGUUGUUUAUUUUGGAGGUAAUGUGGAUCAAUUACUGCAAAAUUCAAUUCUCUCAUUAUUACGAAUGGUCCCCAUGGAUUUAUCAAAACCAUAUUUAGGUUUAUGCCCAGUGAUUUAUCGCUCAAAAACAUCUACAUUUGCUUCAGUUCUAGCAAAAAUUAAAUCUAAGUUGCUGGGUUGGCAAGAAGGUUUCCUUUCGAUGAGUGGGAAAGAAAUACUACUCAAGGCAAUGAUUUAUGCUAUUCCCAUAUACUCCAUGUCAUGUUUUAAAUUGCCUGUCUCUUUGUGCAAAGUCAUUAAUAGACUGAUUUCAAACUUUUGGUGGGGAUCAAAUCAAGAUGGAGUUAAACACCAUUGGUUAGCUUGGGACAAAAUGUGUGUGAGUAAAUGGCGCGGAGGGUUAGGUUUUAAGGAUUUGCUAUUGUUUAACCAGUCCUUGUUGGCGAAACAAAUGUGGAGAAUUAUUUCUAAUCCUCAAGCUUUGUUAUUUAAGUUGUUGCAGGGUCGAUAUUUUCAUAACAAACAUAUUUUGGAGGCGACUUUAAAUCAUAAUUGUUCUUGGGGAUGGCGAAGCCUUCUGUUUGGUAUGAAGUUAUUAAAACCGGGUCUUAUGUAGCAAAUUAAUUCAGGUACGAAUCUCAAUCCGCUUUUAUCUCCUUGGUUACCAGAUACAAAUGAUUCAUUGCAUAGCUUGAAUCAAUGAAUAGAUAGCAACGAGGUCCUAAGCUUCAUUUCAGACUUGCUUACUCCUUCAAAACAUAAUUGGAAUGAGUCUUUGAUUAAACAUCUUUUUAUUCCGGCACAUGCACAAUGUAUAUUAUCUCUUCCCAUUC